AACUGUUGAUUGAUAUCGAAUGUCAGCUCCUGUUUUCAAAUUUUAGUAGGCGUACUAUUUCGGUUGUUGAGCAUAAUUCAACGAAAAACGCUAUGACUUGAUUUUAAAAGGGACUUUAAAUUAUGAGUCUGGUCGUUCGGUGUUCUCUAUGUGGUGAUCGUUUGACUUACAGCAGAUCGGAAACGUACGACCUUGUGCGCCAUCUAUCCGAGAAGCACCCGGAAGUGUCCUAUCGAGUGAGGCGAGCAGUGAAACACAAAAUUAAAUGUAAUUCCCCCUUGGAUGACAUACAACAAAUGGUAAUGGAACCUCUGAAGCAUCGAAAAGUUUCACCUAGAAAUAAUAAUGGUGAUAGAAUCUCAACUUCCGGUAAAAAGGCUGACGAAAAUCUUCCCAACAAAUCGGAUUUCAUCGUGCGGGCCCCACGCGGGAGGCGGAUGUACUACAAAACUUCAAUGGCCAAAUGGCAUCCGGCUCGGACCCGCGUCAAAUGUCCGGAGUGUGGUGAGACACGUUUUCCCACAAUCCGGUCAACGGCCGAUCGCUACAGCAGAUCUUCCUUCGGGGCGGCUUGGAUUUUGAGCUGUUGGCCGUUCUGCUUCCUGCCGUGUCUCUUCGAAGCGCCCACCAAGCACCAUUUGCACUGUUCCGAAUGUGGGGCUUAUUUGGGUCUUUACGAUCCUAAUAUGGAAGUGGUUUCGCGCAGGAGGAGAGCUCGCCUCAAUAUGCAACAGCCGCCGAGCCACGUUGUUGUUUGAACCCGGCAACGGACAAUGAUGAUGUAUGCCAGCUUGACUAGUAGCGACAUCUAGAGGGGAGUAGCAUAAACCAAAUUUCAAGUGUUAAAGGGACUGAACAACACGGUGCAACAUAUAUUUUUCUACCAUGAACAUUUAUACUAAAAUAACAUUUUGAAAUGUUUUAUUAAAAUUUCGUUUAAAAAACGAGUAGGGUAUGAAAAACCAUUUUUUGAAUAAUGCUUUUCUAAAGAGGCAUACGGAGAUAAAAAAAAAUAGACAAAAUUCAUGUUUCAUAAAAAAAAGUUUUAGAAUA